GCCUUGCCACCACACAACAAUAACUAUCUUUCCUCCCUUUGGUUUGGUUGGUUUCUUUCUCUCCUCUCUCCUCUCCUCUCCUCUCCCCGUGGCCACACCACAGCCGCCGGAAGCUCCUCCUCCUCCUCCUCCUUCUCCAUGAGAGAGAUCUAGCAAAGCAUAGCCUCCUUCCUGCUGGCGGGAUCUCCUUUUGAUUCGUAACUUAUAACGAAAGAGGAGGAGGCACAGCACCUUGUCAAAUGAUGAACUCUCAGAAGCUGCAGCUGCCCGUUCAGGAUCUGAUGAGUCUGAGAGGGAGAUCAUUCAUCAUCAGCAAGGUUGCUGCCCAUCCCAGUUCCAGCAGGAGGCGGCGUCCUCGUGGCCUCGUUGCCGCGGCCGGCAGUGACGACGACGAAUGCGCUUCAGCUGGUGGUGAGUCCGAGUCGUCGUCGUCGGGCGGGAAAGACGAUGGCGGCGGCGGCUUGUCCCGAGAGGAUCUGGAACGCCUGGUCGGGAGUGACGAAGAUGCCAAGUUCAAUGGGUUGGAUCUUGCAAACCUCAUCAGGAAGAAGUACGGUAGAUCGUACGAUGUGACGCUGAUAAAGAAAGAGUUCAUGGGGAGGAAUCUGCUGGCCAUGAAUGUGAUGUGGAAGUACAGGGAGCAAAGAUCGUUCCCGCUGAGCGAGGAGGAGUACCUGCUGCGGCUGGACGAUGUCGCCAACACGCUCAAGUGCUGGGGAGCCGUGGCGCACGUGCGCAACACGCUGGAGAAGCUCAAGGAGAGGCCGCGCAUCGGCAAGGCCGUCAGCAUCUUCAUCGACAUGGACCAGACCGGAGGCCGCUCCAACGAAUGGAUUUACAAGUAGCUUCCCACUCCAUCGAUCAUGUAUAUGCAUCCAUCGCCCCCAUGAACAAACACAUUCAUCAGGUGUAUGGAGAAUGAAUGUGGGUACCAAUUUCAUCUCCAACAAUCAAGCACAUCGCAAAGAUCAUACCAUCACAUGAUCUUAUUGAUUCUUAGAUCGCACCUAAGCAUGUCUCUUGAUAUUCUCACAUAUGACACCAUGCAUGUAUACAACGAGCUCCUUCAUCAAUACUAGUUAAGUAUUGCAAUA